UCACUAGGGCGAGCGCGCCGUAGCGCUCGGCAUUGUAGCAGGCGGCGAGCCGGUGAGGGCGCCGGAGCGGCGGGGAGCGGCUGGGUGCGGAGAGGCGCGCACCCGGUCUCGGACGGCGCGGCGCCUGCCGCUGCGAGCGCCACUGAGCGCACUCCCCUUUGGUCGUGCAACUUCGGAUCCAGGGCGAGGGAGUCCAGAGAGCGCUCAGAGCCCCUGAUCAGGAGGAGCGCAGAGAGGGGCGCGUCGGAGCCUGGCUCCAGAGCGGGCGCCGGACAACCAUCGUGCUCCGAGCGCCCGGCGGCCCUCUGCGCAGCGUGGCUGCCGCUGCUGCCCUCACGGAGGGCACGGGCUGGCGAGGCCGGGCGCUGGGGAGGACGGCGAGGAGGAGGCGGCGGCGGCGGAGGCGGCGACGGCGAGGCUGGGGCCAGGGAGAGAACCCCGGGGGAGAGGCGCCCGAGCCGGGCCGCGGAAGCAUGUGGGCCCGGAGCGGAGCGCGGGGAGCUCUGCUGCUGGUGCUGCUGCUCUGCUGGGACCCGACGCUGAGCCAAGCAGGCACUGACUCUGGUGGUGAGGUGCUCCCGGACUCCUUCCCCUCCGUGCCCGCCGAGCCGCUGCCCCACUUCCUGCAGGAGCCACAGGACGCCUACAUUGUAAAGAACAAGCCGGUGGAGCUGCACUGCCGAGCCUUCCCCGCCACGCAGAUCUAUUUCAAGUGUAACGGCGAGUGGGUCAGCCAGAAUGACCACAUCAUACAAGAGGGCCUGGACGAGGCCACUGGCCUGCGGGUGCGAGAAGUGCAGAUUGAGGUGUCACGACAGCAAGUGGAGGAGCUCUUUGGGUUAGAGGAUUACUGGUGCCAGUGUGUGGCCUGGAGCUCUGCAGGCACCACCAAGAGUCGCAGGGCCUACGUCCGUAUUGCCUAUCUGCGCAAGAACUUUGACCAGGAGCCUCUAGGCAAGGAAGUGCCCCUAGACCAUGAGGUCCUCUUGCAGUGCCGCCCGCCAGAAGGCGUGCCUGUGGCUGAGGUGGAAUGGCUCAAGAAUGAGGACGUCAUCGACCCCACCCAGGACACCAACUUCCUGCUCACCAUCGACCACAACCUCAUCAUCCGCCAGGCCCGCCUUCUGGACACUGCCAACUACACCUGUGUGGCCAAGAACCUUGUGGCAAAGCGCCGGAGCACCACGGCUACUGUCAUUGUCUACGUGAAUGGCGGCUGGUCCAGUUGGGCAGAAUGGUCACCCUGCUCUAAUCGCUGUGGCCGCGGCUGGCAGAAACGCACACGGACCUGCACCAACCCAGCCCCACUCAAUGGAGGUGCCUUCUGCGAGGGUCAGGCUUUCCAGAAGACCGCCUGCACCACUGUGUGCCCAGUGGAUGGAGCAUGGACAGAGUGGAGCAAGUGGUCAGCCUGCAGCACUGAGUGUGCCCACUGGCGCAGUCGUGAGUGCAUGGCUCCUCCACCUCAGAACGGAGGCCGUGACUGCAGUGGGACACUACUUGACUCCAAGAACUGCACUGAUGGGCUGUGCAUGCAGAUCCUGGAGUCCUCAGGAGAUGUGGCACUGUAUGCAGGCCUCGUAGUGGCUAUCUUCGUGGUUGUGGCAGUCCUCAUGGCAGUGGGAGUGGUAGUAUACCGCCGAAACUGCCGUGACUUUGACACUGACAUCACUGACUCCUCUGCGGCCCUCACUGGCGGCUUCCACCCUGUCAACUUCAAGACCACAAGGCCCAAUAACCCACAGCUCCUGCACCCAUCAGUGCCUCCUGAUCUGACAGCCAGUGCUGGCAUCUACCGCGGGCCCGUGUAUGCCCUGCAGGACUCAACGGACAAGAUCCCCAUGACCACCUCACCCCUGCUGGACCCCCUGCCCAGCCUAAAGAUCAAGGUCUACAGCUCCGGCACCACCAGCUCUGUGCCUAGUCUGCCAGAUGGGGCUGAUCUGCUGGGGGUCCUGCCACCUGGCACAUACCCUACCGAUUUCCCUCGGGAUGCCCACUUCUUGCAUCUGCGCAGUGCCAGCCUUGGCUCCCAGCAGCUCAUGGGCCUGCCACGAGACCCAGGCAGCAGCAUCAGUGGCACCUUUGGCUGCCUAGGCGGGAGACUGAGUAUCCCUGGCACAGGGGUCAGCCUGCUGGUACCCAAUGGAGCCAUCCCCCAGGGCAAGUUCUACGAGAUGUACCUGCUUAUCAACAAGGCAGAAAACACCCUUCCACUUUCGGAAGGGACCCAGACAGUAUUGAGCCCCUCGGUAACCUGCGGACCCACAGGCCUCCUGCUGUGCCGCCCUGUCAUCCUCACUGUGCCCCACUGUGCUGAAGUCCGUGCUGGUGACUGGAUCUUCCAACUCAAGACCCAGGCCCAUCAGGGCCACUGGGAGGAGGUAGUGACCCUGGAUGAGGAGACACUCAAUACCCCCUGCUACUGCCAGCUAGAGGCCAGGGCCUGCCACAUCCUACUGGACCAGCUGGGCACCUAUGUGUUCACGGGCGAGUCCUACUCCCGCUCAGCAAUCAAGCGCCUCCAGCUGGCCAUCUUUGCCCCAGCCCUCUGCACCUCCCUGGAGUACAGCCUCAGGGUCUACUGCCUGGAAGACACGCCUAUAGCGCUAAAGGAGGUGCUGGAGCUGGAGCGGACUCUGGGUGGCUAUCUGGUGGAGGAGCCCAAGCCCCUGCUGUUCAAGGACAGUUAUCACAACCUGCGACUCUCCCUUCAUGACAUCCCCCAUGCCCACUGGAGAAGCAAGUUGCUGGCCAAGUACCAGGAGAUCCCAUUCUAUCACAUUUGGAGUGGCAGCCAGAAGGCCCUGCACUGCACUUUCACCCUGGAGAGGCACAGCCUGGCUUCCACAGAGUUCUCCUGCAAGAUCUGCGUGCGACAGGUGGAAGGGGAAGGCCAAAUAUUCCAGCUGCACACCACUCUCGCUGAGACACCUGCUGGCUCCCUGGACGCCCUCUGCUCUGCCCCUGGCAGUGCUGUCACCACCCAGCUGGGACCCUAUGCCUUCAAGAUACCACUCUCCAUUCGCCAGAAGAUCUGCAACAGCCUCGAUGCCCCCAACUCACGAGGCAAUGACUGGCGGCUAUUGGCACAGAAGCUGUCCAUGGACCGGUACCUGAAUUACUUUGCCACCAAAGCAAGCCCUACAGGUGUGAUCCUGGACCUCUGGGAAGCUCUGCAGCAGGAUGACGGGGACCUCAACAGCCUGGCCUGUGCCUUGGAGGAGAUGGGCAAAAGUGAGAUGCUGGUAGCCAUGGCCACUGACGGAGACUGCUGAACCUGGGUCUGGCAGGGGCAGGGACAGGCGGGAGGCAGUGCAGGGAGGCCCAGGCAGCCUCCCAUGGGAGCUAUGUGGCCUCUGCUGCCCCCUAGCUUACAGUUGCCUCUCUCCUCCUCCUCUUCCCUGCCCAACCCUCAGACCACAACCAGCCUUAGAAAACCCACACGCUCUGUGCUGAGAGGCCAGGUGUCCCUCCACCCCUUGCUGUCUCCUAGCUCUCAGUCGAGGAGAGGCUGGGGCCUCUGGCCAGACUGGAACCAAGAGGUGGCCUCUCUCCACACCACCCUCUCCCGUGGGUUUCAGUUUUGUGCUGACUUCUUCCUCAGCUGUGACUCCCCGCCCCUCACCCCCUCAGCUUUUACAUCCCUUCCCUCUUUGAAGAGUCAUGAACAAUUCAAACUGCUUUCUCCCAUCCACAAGCAAAAAGAAUCAGGAAGGAAAGAAAGAGCCUCCAACACUAGUGAGGCUCAGAGAAGACACCAAAACCACAAGGGAAAAGAAAAACCCAGUUUCUUAGGAAACGCAAACGAUUUAUUAUCCAGAUAUUUGGAUGAGUCCUUUUUAAGAAAAAAAAAAGAAAACAAAACAAAAAACAAACAAAAAAAUAGAACACUUUUUUCUUGUGAGAGUGGACAUGAUAUAAUGCUUCUGGCAGGGGUGUGUGUGUGUACAUGUGUGUGCAAGUGUGUGUGUAUGCCCGUGUGUUGGGGGAGAGAGACUGAACAGGGAAUUCUUUGCUGCUAAUGAAUCUUGGACUAAAUUCUAUCAGGGCCCCAGUUUCCUGGCUGUGCAGGGAGCAUGUCAGAAAGGGUUUUAAACCCAGUACCCAAGUUUCCUUCUCAAAUCUUAAGCAGAGUCUGAAUCCAUAAAGCAAAGGAAUGGAGGACUGGAGCCUUACAGGACUCCCUCCCCUCCCACAGCCCCAGGCAGAUGCCCUCAGGCUCCUCUGGCUUCUUGGAGUCCGUAUUAAAAGGUCCUGAGUUGGGGAUGGGAAGGAGGAGGCAGGGCAACUGUGAGCCGGGUAGAAUGUUCUGGUCUGCUCUCAAUCUGGUGGCUUUUAGAUAGGGGCUGGGGCCCAGGAGUGGGCUCAUGGAGAGAUCCUAGAGGAUCUCUGGAAACUAAAUAGCUUUAUCUCCAUGCUGGGCCCAGCUAGGCACCGCCUAUCCCCACCCUAACCCAGCAGCCUUGAGACCAGGUGAGACCCCUGACACCCAGGAGUCCAGAGUCUGAUCUUCCGCACCUCCAUUUCUCCUGUGCAGCAGAAGGAAUGAUCCAAGGACAUGUGUGGCUGCAGAAGCACAAGCUUCCCACCUUGGGGACAGCUGCAGAACACAUCAGCAGUCACCCCCUGGGGUGUGAGCACUGAAAAGUGGAGCUGGAGGUGGGGGCUGUGUUCCCACCUUUUUACUUUUGAAUUCCGGGCCUAAUGCUUGCUAGGCAGGCACUCUACCACUUGAGACAUUCCACCAGUCCUGGACUCUCCUUUCUUAGUGGGCAGGUUGCCAGUGUGGAGGGGCUGCACCCACCACCACCCCAGCCUGUUAGAGAACGUUCCACCAAGGCCUAAGUGGGAGGGAUGGUGAUGGCUGGGACCAGGUUCUCACUGCCGACAGAGGCCUCUUCAAAGGCCACUCCUUAGCACCCAAGGCAAGGCAAGUGCCAGCUGCCCCCCAUGCUUUGGGCACUGACACCACCAUUUGCCUCAACAGGCUCCUGAGCUGCCCCUGGGACCAGCCUGGGCAUGUACUGGUCUUUGAAAAUCUGGUUUCCUGAGUGGGGAGAAAUUUUCAGAGCUGUAGACCCAGCCACCAUUCCCUGCUGUAGCAUCGGUGAUUCAAAGGGCUUCUCACCAGCCAGCAAUUCCCUGGGGUGGAGUUGGCCAGAGGUAGAUGAAGCAAGACCCAGGCCCUUGCCCUGGGUGUCUGUGUGGACGCUGCCUCUCACAGGCACUGAACCUUCCCCACCAAAGCCUCCUGUGCCCUGUGGGCUUGGCCCCUCUGGGCACUGUCAGCACAAGCACAGGAGAGGGCCUCUGCCAGUGGCUUUGGGACAGCCUUGCCAGGUUGGAGCAGACCUGUGCUGUGGCAGGAUUUGCUGGUGCCUCUCCAUCACAGGUUCUAAAAUGCACUCCUGCAGCCUGAGAUCCAGAGAACAGGAACUGAGUUUCAGUUCCACUGUGACACUGCUCUAUGACCUCAGGCAUAUCACUGCCUUCUAGGCCUUUUUUUUAUGCCUGGAGAGCUGCAGGUCAGAGGCCUUCUGGGUUCUGAUGCCCUUUUGGGGCUUAGCAAAGGAGCUGUGGUGGGAGAAGCUGACUGUGGUCUGUUAUACUGUCUUCCCCUGCCUACCCUCAGAAGCGUUCUUGCGAUCCCCAGGGCAGGCGCUCUUGGUGGGUGAGGCCCAGCCAGCCAUUUCCAAUAUGGCUUCCAGAAAUUGUGUCCCAGGGCCUGUAGUACAGAUCCAACUGAUUGGAGGGUUCAAGAGCACCCAGCUUGAAUAAGAAGAGCAUUUGCCAACUCCAUCACUCACUGAGGCAGCAGGGGCCAUGCUGCCUGCUGGGGUAUGGCGGAGAGUCUCCCCCUCACUGCUGGGGUGUGGGGGAGAUUUUCCCUCCCUCCCUCCUAGGAAGCAGAUCAGAGAAGCCAUUCCUGACCAGCAACAGUGUAGGUGCUGUCAAGCCUUGCAGGGCCACACAUGGUGUUUGGUCUCUCUUCACGGAGUAUGCGUGCAUGCGAGCGUGUGUGCAUCUGUGCUUUUUUCCACGGGCACAUCAGGGUGCCCCUCAAGGAUCAUGCGUACCUGUCCCCACUUGCGUGUGGGGGUGUAGCCUUGUCUGCACCCAGGUUUGUGCAUCUGGAGGAGGCACACCUGUUCUCUGCCCUCUCUGAGUCUACAGGGUCAGUCAGUGUAUCUCCUAUGUGCCUCUCCUGCCUUCUCUUGGUGCCCAGGCUUCAGAGCUCUGGUUUCAGGCCAGGGGCCUCCCAAGGGUGUGGGGAACCUCUUCAUCCCUACACCAUCCAGGGCCCUCUGGUUCCCUUCCCCCAGCUCCCAGGCAGCUGAGCCAGGCCCCUCCACAGGCCCUGUGGGGGCAGGUGCCCAGGAUCUCGGAGGGGCAGCUCUCCUGGGGGCGAAGGGCUGGACCCCUG